AUGCUCGAACUCAUCCUCUUGUGCAUCCUCUUCGUCUCCACCACGCCACAGUAUCUCUCCACCGUCCAACCAAAUAACCACCAUAACCACCACCCCGUGACGUGUCAAGAUCUCGACGGCGUAGGAUCAUUCAACACAACCUGCACACUAAACUCAAAUCUCCGCUUCGAUUCCGAUGUCCAAGUCUACGGCACCGGGAACCUCAACAUCCUCGCGCACGUCUCCGUCGAUUGCCCCAUCCAAGGAUGCACGAUCACCUUCAACGUCUCCGGGAACAUCCACGUCGGCCAAUCGGCGAGGAUCCUCGCCGGCUCGGUGGUUCUCGGAGCUGUUAAUUUAACCAUGGACGCGAACUCUUCUAUCUACACGACGGCGUUGGGUGGAGCGCCGCCGUCGCAGACUAGCGGGACGCCGUUUGGUAGGGAUGGUUCCGGGGGAGGGCACGGUGGGAGAGGGGCGUCGUGUGUGAAGAGUAAUGUGUCGACUUAUUGGGGUGGGGAUGUUUAUUCGUGGUCGAGUUUGCAUCAGCCGUGGAGUUAUGGGAGUGAAGGGGGGUUUAGGAUGAAGGAGGGAGGGAAAGGUGGGGGUCGUGUUAAGCUUGUGAUGAAGGAUACGGUUGUGUUGAAUGGUUCUGUUGCUGCUGAUGGGGGGGAUAGUGGUGAGGAAGGUGGGGGUGGGUCUGGUGGAAGUAUUUGUGUUAGUGCUGUGAAGCUGAAGGGUAACGGUAAAAUAUCUGCAUCAGGUGGGAGGGGAUGGGGUGGAGGUGGUGGAGGAAGGAUCUCUCUUGAUUGUUACAGCAUACAAGAAGAUGUUAGAGUUCUUGUUCAUGGUGGUGCAAGUAUUGGGUGUCCCAAAAAUGCUGGAGCUGCUGGAACAUACUUUAACGCAGAGUUAUAUAGUUUAAGGGUUGGAAAUGAUAACAUGACUACAGAGACUGAAACUCCUUUGCUCGAUUUUCCUACAAGGCCUCUGUGGUCAAACAUCUACGUAGAUAAUCAUGCAAAAGUUUUGGUUCCGCUGCUGUGGACCAGGAUGCAGGUCAGAGGGCAAAUAAGCCUUUAUCGAGGAAGUAGCAUUGUCUUUGGGCUAUCAAAAUAUCCAAUUUCAGAAUUCGAGCUUGUUGCAGAAGAGCUUUUAAUGAGUAACUCCUUGUUUUGUCCAUAUGUGAAGGUUUAUGGUGCAUUACGGCUUGUUACGAAGAUGCUGCUCAUGUUGAAUUCUGUAAUUAAAAUUGAUGGAGAAGGAAACCCUGCAGUGCCUUCCUCUGUCCUUGAAGUUCGCAACCUUGCAGUUCUAACGGAAAAAUCCGUCAUUACUUCUAAUGCGAACUUGGGUGUAUAUGGUCAAGGAAUGUUGACGCUCACGGGUCCUGGGGAUGCAAUUAAAGGCCAGAGACUUUCCUUGUCUCAGUUUUACAACAUAACUGUUGGGCCAGGUUCUAUGCUACAAGCACCACUCGACGACGACGAAAGCAAAAACGCGGUUACUCGUUCCCUUUGUGAGAGCAAGACAUGCCCAAUAGACUUGAUAAGUCCACCGGAUGAUUGUCAUGUCAAUUAUACACUAUCCUUUUCCCUUCAGAUAUGUCGAGUUGAGGACAUUCUUGUGAGUGGAUUUGUUAAAGGAAGCAUAAUUCAAAUCCAUAGGGCAAGAACGGUAGUGGUUACUGAUGAAGGCUUGAUCAGUGCAUCUGGAUUUGGUUGCAGUGGGGGGCUGGGAAAAGGACUUUAUUCGAAUGGAGCUGGUAGUGGUGCUGGCCAUGGAGGGCAAGGGGGAUCAGGCGUUUAUAAUGGAAGAGUGUGCAGUGGAGGUCAUACCUACGGCGACCCGGAUUUUCCUUGUGAGUUAGGGAGCGGAGCUGAAAGUCCAGAUAACUCAUAUGGGAAUGUGAUUGGUGGAGGGAUGAUAGUAAUUGGCUCCAUCCACUUUCCUCUUUUGACGCUUAAUCUGCGUGGAUCUCUAAGCUCUGAUGGCCAAAGCCUGGGAGAGCCAGUAACGAAGGCUAACAGAUCUUUGGUUGGUGGAGUUGGUGGAGGAUCUGGUGGGACGAUUCUUCUUUUCCUUCAGAUGCUUGAACUUUCAAAGAAUUCAUCUCUAACAGCUCGAGGGGGCCGAGGUGGCCCUAUUGGGGGUGGUGGGGGUGGAGGUGGAAGACUUCACUUUCACUGGGACAUGUUACACACUGGUGACGAGUAUUUUCCUGUCGCAACUGUCAAGGGGUCCAUUAGUAACAGAGGAGGGGCAGGGGACAAGGGAGGCCGUUUUGGGGAAGAGGGAACGAUGACUGGAAAAAAGUGUCCAAAGGGACUCUAUGGCACAUUUUGCUUGGAAUGCCCCAUUGGGACAUUCAAGAAUGUUGAAGGCUCUGACAAACGUCUUUGUACACCCUGCCCGCCUGAGCAUCUUCCAAGUCGUGCAAAAUUUGUAUACGUACGAGGAGGAGUUAGCGAACCUGUUUGUCCGUAUAAAUGUGUAUCUGACAAGUACAGAUUGCCAAACUGCUAUACACCUCUGGAAGAACUUGUUUAUGCAUUUGGAGGGCCAUUUCCCUUUGCUCUUCUUCUAUCUUGUGUGGUGGUAGUUCUCGGUCUGUUGCUAAGCACAUUAAGUAUCAGAUUGCUAAGACUAAGCUUCUAUGGUGCCAAUUCUAUCGAAAAUCAGAGUGCUCAUUGUUUACCCCAUCUUUUGUCACUCUCUGAGGUCCGAGGCGCAAAGUCUGACGAUACACAAACCCACGCUUAUCGUAUGUACUUCAUGGGUCCAAACACUUUCAGGGAACCUUGGCAUCUGCCUUACUCUCCUCCCGAUGCAAUCAUCGAGAUAGUGUACGAGGAUGCUUUUAACAGAUUUAUUGAUGAGAUCAACUCUACGGCGGCAUAUGAUUGGUGGGAAGGGUCUGUGCACAGCAUUCUAUUAGUUCUAGCAAAUCCUUGUGCCUGGUCUUGGAAACAGUGGCGUCGCAGGAGAAAGAUACAUCGUCUUCAGGAAUAUGUGAAAUCUAAAUAUGACCACUCUUGCCUCCGCUCAUGCAGGUCUAGAGCUCUCUACAAAGGCAUGAAGGUUGGAGCGACUCCGGAUCUGAUGGUUGCGUAUGUAGAUUUUUUCCUUGGCGGUGACGAGAAGCGUGUAGAUAUGGUCUCUAUUAUACAGAAAAGAUUCCCAAUGUGCAUACUUUUUGGUGGAGAUGGAAGUUAUAUGUCACCUUAUAGUCUUCAUAGUGACGCACUGCUAACAAAUCUUCUUGGCCAGCACAUUCCACCGGGUGUUUUGCACCGCUUUGUUGCCGGUUUAAAUGCACAGCUUAGGACUGUGAGGCACGGAUCAAUUCGUUCAGCAUUACUUCCUGUCAUUAGGUGGAUAAACAGCCAUGGAAAUCCUCAACUAGAAUUCCACGGUGUAAGAAUUGAGCUUGGAUGGUUUCAAGCUACAGCUUCCGGAUAUUACCAACUUGGUAUCUUAGUUUUUGUUGGCGAUUUUCCUAUGAACGCUGUAAGCCGAUCAGAUUCAUUCAGCAGAAGUGACGACGAUACUCCUCGGAGCACUUCUACAUGUCCCAGCAAAUCUCUUGUCGAGCUGCAACAAAACUUGAUCCAACCUGGACAUGGCCUAUCUCGAAAGAGAAUCAAUGGUGGAAUAAAUGGAGGCCUCAUCAAUGAGAUUUCAAUAGAAUCUCUGGAGUACAGAAGGGACUUACUUUUUCCGUUUUCUCUUUUAUUAAACAACACCCGACCCGUUGGUCGUCAGGAUACGCUUUUACGUUUGAUCUCCAUCCUUCUUCUUGCGGAUCUUUCAGUAACGCUCCUUGCUUUACUUCAGUUCUAUUGGCUUGCCCUUGCAGCCUUUCUCGCUAUCCUCCUGAUUCUACCUCUCGCUUUGCUUUGCCCAUUCCCGGCUGGCCUUAACGCUUUAUUAAGUAAAGAAAUGAGAAGAGCCUCACUUACUCGUAUCUACGCCCUUUGGAACGCGACGUCUCUAACAAACGUCAUUGUGGCUUUCGUUUGCGGUGUCAUUCAUUCUGGGUUUUUCUCUGACCAACUAAAUGAGAUAACAAACAUCUGGGACGCCAUAAGAGAUGAUGAUAAGUGGUGGGUGUUACCAACAGUCCUCCUGUUACUCAAGUCGAUACAAGCUCGGUUCCUUGACUGGCACGUCGCAAAUCUGGAAGUUCCAGACUUUUCCCUUCUUUGUCCCGAUCCAGAUACAUUCUGGGCGUAUGAAUCUGGAGCUUGA